AUGUUACGGGAUGUCAUCCACGCCGGAGUGGCCCUGCUGGAAGACAUGACGUCGCACCAGCACAACAUCGCCUUCCGCCUGCUUGGAGAUGGGGGCGGCCCGAUCUUCACGCAGAUUCUCCAGGUCUUCCUGCGCCGGCAGACAACUCGGGCAAAGGAGACGGCCGAGCGCUGCGCCCGCGCUUUGGGCGCCCUUUGCCGGGUCGGAAGGUGCAACGCGAAGGAGCUCCUGCUUUCUCAAGGAGCCGCGGACGCCUUGAAGGCAGCAUGCAUGGCAGGUGGCGCGGCUGGGGAGGAAGCAGCGUCGGCCCUGGUGUCGCUGUUAAGCCUGCAGGACCACGAGGUUUAA